AGGUUUUAUGCUGGAGGGCAUUUAGCACAUUGCCUAAGGCUUAAAAAGUUGGUUUAUUGAUGUGGGUUUUAUGGUUGAACUCAAGAAAUCAUGGGUAGCUUCGGUGACGAUGACAAAGAAUAUAGGUUCUUUGAUGCCUGCGAGAACAUUGCACCAGUGUCCGAUUUGGGUUCUGAUUACGCGGAUUGUCCUGAUUCUAGCUCUGGGAUUGAUAAUGGGGUAUCCAGUAGUUUUCAGUACGAUGUAUGGAUUAGGAGUCCUAGAAGUGUUCAAGAGCGCCGUGGUAAAUUCUUUAGAUGGUUUGGGUUAGACUGUGAUAGUAAUGCAGCAGACAGUUUGCUAGAUGUAUAUGGUGACCUAUUCAAAAGAGAUAUGGAUAGGAUUAUGGAUAAUAGUGGAGCUGUGUUGAGAACCUCAAUUUUUGAAGAUAAAUUGUCUUCGAGGCAAUCUUCUGUGUCAAGUUGGUCCAAUGAUGUUUUGGAUUCAUCAAGAGAAUUGAGUUCCAAUGAGAAGUUUGUAUGCAGAAGCACAAACUCCAAUGGUGGGAUGGAGCUUAUUCUAGAUAAAUUGGGGCAUGAUAGUAAGCUUAGUAAAGCUCAAGUAGCAGUUGUGAACCAGUUGGAGACAGCUGAAGGGUUUGUGAGCACUUCUGGGUCAUCUUGCUCAGCUCAAAAAGUUGUGGAGAGAGAAAUUGGGGAUGAUAGCAAUGUGUCAAGGGCAAGGAAUAGAGUGAAGAACUGGUGGCUGAGUAGAUUACGUUCCAUGAUGUGUGUUGUGGAUAAUCAAGGGAAAGCUGGUGAUAGCUCUGACCUAAUUCAAGAGCCUAGGGUGCAGAGAAUGCAGGUUCGCCAUAGGAAGAAGCGGUUGAAGGAAAUCUCGGCUCUGUUCACAGGCCAAGAUAUUCAGGCUCAUCAGGGUUCAAUCCUGACUAUGAAGUUUAGUCUUGAUGGGCAGUUUCUUGCCAGUGCUGGCGAAGAUGGUAUUGUACGUGUAUGGCAAAUUGUGGAAGAUGAGAGAUCAAAUGAAAUUGACAUUCCAGAAAUAGACCCGUCAUGCAUAUACUUUGCACUGAAUACACUUUCUGAACUGGCACCGAUCAUGGUAGAGAAAGAGAAAAUAAACAAAUUGAAGAGCAUAAGAAAAACAUCUGACCCUGCUUGCGUCAUCUUUCCUCCAAAAGUCUUCCGGAUAUUGGAGAAACCACUCCAUGAGUUCCAUGGACACAGUGCUGAGAUCUUGGAUCUCUCCUGGUCGACUGAUAAUUGUUUGAUUUCAUCGUCAAUUGACAAAACUGUUCGUUUGUGGCGAGUAGGAUGUGACCAGUGCCUCAAAGUCUUUUCUCAUAGUAACUAUGUGACCUGCGUUCAGUUUAACCCUGUGGAUGACAAUCACUUCAUCAGCGGUUCUAUCGAUGGAAAAGUUCGCAUUUGGGCAAUUAACAGUUGCCAAGUUGUUGAUUGGACUGACAUAAGAGAUAUAGUUACUGCCAUUUGUUAUCGCCCUGAUGGGCAGGGUGGAAUUAUUGGAUCCAUGACAGGCAUUUGCCGCUUCUUCAGUUUAUCAGAUAAUCACUUCCAACUGGAAGCUCUGGUGUGCUUAGACAGUAAAAAGAAAUCACCCUGCAAAAGGAUAAUUGGCCUUCAGUUUUUCCCACGAGAUUCGAGCAAAGCAAUGGUCACUUGUGCUGAUUCACAAAUCAGAAUUCUUCAUGGGAUUAAUGUGAUUAGAAAAUACAGGGGCCUACGAAAUGCAGGAAACCAGAUCUCUACAUUUUUCACCUCAGAUGGAAAGCAUAUUGUCUCAGCAUGCGAGGAUUCUAAUAUAUACGUUUGGAACUGCGUUAGUCAGGAAGAGUUUUCUCUGUCCCAACCAAAAACCAUUAGGUCAUUUGAGUGCUUCCCCAUGGAUGCCUCGGUUGCACUACCUUGGUCUGGUUUAAAAUUGGGAAACUCAGACCAUGGAUUGCAAUCAGGUUUCUUAGAUGAGAGUGCCCUCAACACAUUGCCUUUCUCUUCGUCAGCCUGUUUCUCUUUGGGUCAAGAGUGUUUUCUAGAAUCAAUUCCCAAGGGAUCUGCAACUUGGCCAGAGGAAAAGCUUCCCUCUUCAAGCUCACAAGCCUUUUCAUCUGCAAUACGUAAAUCUCAAUACAAGUUUUUGAAAACUUCUUGCCAGAGCUCAUCCAAUUCUCAUGCAUGGGGUCUGGUUAUUGUUACAGCGGGCUGGGAUGGACGAAUUAGGUCAUUCCACAAUUAUGGAUUGCCAGUACCACUUUGAAAUGGGGCCAGCGAGAUCUUAGGGAAUGCAAGAUGAUAUUUUGGUCAUCCACCUCUAACUCUUCCGAUGCUGCAAUUCAUUGUUGCUUGGGAAUGAGAAUUCCGAGUUUCCGGUGGGCCUCUUCUCAGAUUCCGAGAGGUGGAUCACCGUUUAGUAGGUUAUGGAAGGUGGCAGCAGUUCCAUGGGCAUGUUGUAAUGUGGCCAGUGUGAUCAACAAACAGCUGAUUUGGGACAGCCAGUCUAAUCAUAGGAUUCUUUAAAUUGUUUUUUGAGAAGUUUGUGGCUACUGACCCAGAAAAGAAAUGGAUUCAUGUGCUAGGAGAGGUCUAGUUGAGAUGCAUAUCUGAAUAAUGGAUUUGCCCGUGGGGCCUCAGAGAACCUCUUCCAUUUGUUGUCGAAAUUGGGACGAUAGAGCCAGAGCUGGUGGCUGGAAUUUGUUCGGGAAAUUAUAGUGGGGAACUUUGCCUUUUGUGGUUAUGCUGGUUGGUGUGACUGAUUGAGUUCUCUGUCUGCCAUUUUGUCCAUACAAAGGUGGGUUUAUGGCUCUGAUUGGGGGAUAAUAAGAGGGUGGGUCCUUUCUUUGCUGAAUGGCUUUAUCGUCUCCUCUGUGCCUGAUUGAGUCAGUCAUCCACAUCUGGUUUCUGUUAAUGUUUACAGGGAAAGUGCUCUCCCACUUCCAUUCACAAAUGGAUCCUUUUCUUGGUUAUGAUCGGUGACUAGCUAACCUUUGAUUGUAAUUGACAUGCCGUUAGUAUAUUUUCUUUCACUAACAAAAUUCAUAGAGAGUUUUGAAAUGUUUAUAGUGAUGUUUCACUUGACAGUCUCAGUAACUAGUGUAGUCGGUUUCGAUGUGUAUAAUUGCAUUAAUCAAAAAAGAAAAAUAUUAGACAAGAAACAAGGUGAGACGGCUCUGUGCUGUUGUGGCCCUUGUGGGUUCAUGAAGAUUGUUCAUGUAUGGGGUAUGCUUCAUUUAGAAACUUCCGUUUUGACGUUUUUGAAUGCAAAAAGGAAGUUUUUUAAUUUUUUUGGGUCAAGA